AUGUGAUUACAACACAAAAAGUCAAAGGUAUAAAACACUAACGUUGGUUCUUCAACAAUUAUUACGAUAUUUUUAAGUUUGAUAAAUAAAACAAAGUACAAAUCCUCACACAAACCAUGGCAAAUAAGGAAGCAACAACGGCCCCACUGGAUUCGCUGGACAAAGAGCAAAUGAAAACAUUCACAGACUUCUUGAUGUCCUACAAUAAACUUUCCGAAAUGUGUUUCACCGACUGCGUUAGAGAUUUCACUGCCAGAGAAGUUAAGGAAAGUGAGGAGAAAUGUUCCCUGAAUUGCAUGGAGAAAUAUUUGAAGAUGAAUCAAAGAAUUUCCCAAAGAUUCCAAGAAUUCCAAAUGAUUGCCAAUGAGAAUGCUUUAGCAAUGGCCCAAAAAACAGGAAAACUAUAGAACCCUAGAAUAUAACCAACCACAACAAGUAGUUCAUAUCUAAAAAAAAGAACCUUGAUUACAUUCUCAGUGUUAGCUAUUGUUACUAAAACUAUUGUCUUGAUUUUUACAAAAAACAAAAAAAAAAUCAACUUGUUUUUUUAGUGAAAAAGAAAGACCAGGUUUGUUUUGCAUUUCAAUAAAAGAAAUUUAA